AUGGCGCAAAAGCCAUCUCUCGCUACCAGCGAUUGGCUUAACCUGGCCAAAACCUUGGCGAUCACAACUGCGACUUUGGUCCUAUCCUCAGUCACUGCUCCAUUUCGAGGCACAAGCGGCGCCUCGACUUACAAGAGACAUGUCAUCUACACUGUUAUGAAGGCCUUUACUCGAAACGCGAGCGUUCGAGGAACCCAAGCGUUAUCUCCCACCACCGUAGAGGCGUAUCAAAAAUUUGUCAAGAGCAAGUCCCUGACUCCAGAUGUUGUGGAUCUGUCAGAAGGCGCCAAGGGAUGCUGGCUUGGUGACAAGGGUAAAGGCACGGUUCUUCUUUGGUUCCACGGCGGUGGCUACGCUUUAAUGGCGAAUGCAGGUCAUUUCCAGCUGGGCUGGGACUUGAUCCAGAGCGCACGGGAAAAGGGCCGGGACCUGAGCUGCUUUUAUCUUCAAUAUGACGUGGCUCCGGGUGCGACGUAUCCGACGCAACUCAAGCAGGCAGUUGCCGCCAUAAACCAUCUCAUAGAAGUUGAAAGUGUUCCGUUAUCUCGGAUUAUACUUGGGGGCGACUCUGCUGGCGGUAAUCUUUCCCUGGCUGUCUUGUCGCACAUCUCACAUCCACACCCCGAGGCCUCUCCCGUGCACAACAAAGACCGCUUUAAGGGCGUUGUCCUAGUCUCACCAUGGGUGACAUUCGACCAAACUGCCUCGUCCAUGAAGUCAAACGCAGGAAAAGACCUUCUCGACCUUGUUACUCUCCGGAAAUGGUCCGAUAAUUUCAUGGCCGGCACUGAUCUGGAUUUCUACAACACCCCUUUGACCGCUGGGGAAGACUGGUGGGAAGGUAUUGCCGCGUCUGAAAUUGCUGUGAUAGCCGGCGGUGACGAAAUAUUCGUUGAUGAUAUCCGCUGCUUCGUCGAAAAGCUCAAGAAACAUCAAGAGGGUAAAUUUACGUACGUUGAGAUCAAAGGAGAAGCGCAUGAUGCUCCGAUUCUUGACUACAUGUUUAAACUCUCUCAUGGCGAGCAGAAGCGGGCUAUUGAUACAUGGAUACUCGAACGUGUCUAG